AUGUUGCGAUAUUUAUCAUGCCUAUUCACAAUAAUCGUUGCAGAUAAUGGUCAGCAUUUCUAUAAGGAAUCAAGCGAAUGUCCAGGCAAUCUUAAGUGGAGUACAGCAGCAACAACAAUCAUUGGCAAUGGUUAUGGUUCAGGUCGAGAUCAAUUAAGCUUGCCUACAGGUUUAUUUAUCGAGCCUAAAACACAAAUCCUAUAUGUUUCUGAUAAUUCCAAUAAUCGCAUCCAAAAACGUUAUCCAAAUGGUGAAAUUCAAACAGCAGCUGGACACUCGGAUGGGACAGGCGGAUCGACACCAGAUACAUUAGGGAAUCCAGCAGAUGUUUUUGCCGAUGAAAAUGAAAAUGUCUUUGUUGCUGAUUGGGAAAAUCAAAGAAUUCAAUUUUGGAAGAAGAAUGCCAAAACUGGAGAAACAGUUGCGGGAAAUGGGACUCGAGGUUCAGCAUUAAAUGAAUUUAGUUAUCCGAGUAGAGUUUUGCUUGAUUCAAAGAAAAAUAUUAUCGUUGCAGAUACACAAAAUGAACGUAUAACAAGAUGGCCAUCUACAUUUGAUCCAAAAACAUCUGCUGGUACAAUAAUGGCUGGUGGUAAUGGCGAAGGUAUAAAUCCCUAUCAAUUAAACAAUCCAUUGGGUUUAUACUAUGAUGAACCAAAUGAAACCUUUUAUAUAUCCAAUCACGACUCUCAUUCAAUCACACAAUGGGUUAUUGGUGAUUAUGAACCGCGAAACAUUUAUGCUGGUAUACCUGGCAGAUAUGGAAAUAGUUCAGCUCAAUUAUUUUAUCCAGAAGGUAUCACUCUUGAUCAAUAUGGUAAUUUAUAUAUUGCUGAUUGUCAAAAUCAUCGAAUACAAAUGUUUUGUCCAGAUUCUGUAUCUGGUAUUACCAUCGCAGGAACAGGGAAAUUUGGAAAUAGUAGCCAUGAAUUAGGCUACCCAGCUGAUGUUGCAUUUGAUUCACAACUUAAUUUAUACGUUUCAGAUACAUUUAAUAGUCGCAUACAGAAGUUUGAAAGAAUACAAUAA